CUUCCCCCGCACGUGGCCCGUCUCGGUCGCUGCCGGCCGGCCGGAGAGAAGCCCAGGUCCGGAGCCGGCUUGCAAAGAGGCCGCCGCAGAUGCGCCGUUGGGGCGAGGAGGCUCCCUGCGCGGCGCCCCGACCUUGCCUGUCACGGCCCCUGCUUGUCCGCAGAGCAGCUGGGGUCUGCGCAGGGCAUGGCACACGGCUCUCCGGCGCACCAGACUGAACCGUUGGCACUGGUUUCCCAGCACUCUUCUGCCUUCUCCUCCAGCACCCCGCUCUACAGCGACUACCAGCCCCCGGCCUUGGACUUCAUCCCUGUACCCCAGGCCGUCAUCUACAUGCUCAUGGCUGUCAUGGUGGUGGUAGGUGUGGCUUAUGCCAUCGUUGGUCACUUGAUCAGGGACCUGGCACAUGACCUGGCAGGUGAGUUUUCAAAGCUGCGGAACUGAGGUGGUGUGCGAGGCGGAGAUCGCAGGCCCUUGCGGAUCUGGUUUGGGUACCGUUGGACUGGGGACACAGGUUGGUUGGGGCGGCGCACAAAAGGUCAUGGGGUGGGGUGAACCUGGCCAGGCUAAUAGGAAUUCUGGACAUUUCAGGCAGGAGCUCUGUUGAACAAGAUGCCCUGGGCAGCAGUGGCGUAGGAGGUUAAGAGCUCGUGUAUCUAAUCUGGAGGAACCGGGUUUGAUUCCC